AUGGUCAUUUCCUGCUGCUUUGCUCCUACCUGCUUCCAGCCAACAUGCUACAGGACAGUCUGCUACAGAACAACCUGUUGUGAGCCGAUCUGUGGCAUGCCCAGCUGCUGCCAACCUACCAUCUGUAGCUCCAGUUGCUGCACAUCUUGCUGCCAGCCAACUUGUUGCAGAACAGUCUGCUGUCAAACAACUCGUAAGCCAAUCUGUUGUGUGACCAGCUGCUGCCAACCUUGCUGUCAGCCAUCCUGCUGUGAAUCUAGCUGCUGCCAGCCAACAUUCUGCAGGACAGUUUGCUACAGAACAACUUGUUGUGAGCCAACCUGUUGUGUGCCUAGCUUCUGCCAACCUACCACCUGUGGCUCCUGCUGCCAUACAUAUUGCUGCCAACCAAUCUGUUGUAGAACAGUCUGCUGUCAAACAACUUGUUGUAAGCCAACCUACUGUGUCCACAGCUGCUGCCAGUCUUGCUGCCAGCCAUCUUGUUGUGACUGUAUCUGUUUUCAUCCUUCAUACUGUUAG